UGAUUAUAUUCAGCGGGUGCCAAAAUUUUAAGCAAAAUUGCAACGGCGAGAUGGGCAACAAGUCAUCACUGUUCCUCCGGAACGAGGAGAUAGCGCAGAUUCAGGAGGAAACUGGUUUUACUCCCAACCAAAUCGAGAGAUUGUACUCGCGCUUCACGUCGUUGGAUCGCAACGACUGCGGGACCCUCUCCCGCGAGGACCUGAUGCGGAUCCCGGAGCUGGCCAUCAAUCCGCUGUGCGAGCGCAUCGUCCACUCGUUCUUCGCCGAGAGCACCGACGAUCGGGUGAACUUUCGGCAGUUCAUGAACGUGCUGGCCCACUUCCGUCCGCUGAGGGAUAACAAGCAGAGCAUGCUCAACAGCCGGGAGGAGAAGCUGAAGUUCGCCUUCAAGAUGUAUGACCUUGAUGACGACGGCGUGAUUAGCCGGGACGAGCUGCUCUCCAUUCUGCACAUGAUGGUGGGCGCCAACAUCAGCCAGGACCAGCUGGUCAGCAUUGCGGAGCGCACAAUCCUGGAGGCAGACCUCUGCUGCCAGGGCAAGAUAUCGUUCGAGGACUUCUGCAAGGCCCUAGACCGCACCGACGUCGACACAAAGAUGUCCAUAAGGUUUCUCAACUGAGGCCAAGAUACAAUCCUGGACCAGAGACAUAGAUAGAGAGAGAGCAAGCUUUUUAGUCAGUGUGUACCAAAUAGUUUAGGACGGAGGUGGAGUCUACCGAGAGGCAUAACUUGUAUUAGUAGUCGUUAUGGAAGUGUGGCCGGUGCGGCCCGCACUUGAUACAAUUCUUAAUUCUUCUUUAUUCCGCUGUAAUUUAAGGUUUUGAGGGCAUUUUGUUUUUAGUUGCUUGCAAAUAAAGGCCAACAGCGUGUCAUUUAAA